AUGGAUCUUGUGGGAUGUGUUGAAAAAUUGCAAAUGGUCGCCGUCGAACCUAUUUCGAACUCAUUCUCAUACAGAGUGAUUGAUCCAGAUGUUCUCUCCAAGGAGGAUAAAAGUGAGGAUAAACUUGGUAUCAACUCAUUGUCGGCUGAGCAUGUGCUCGAUGAGUUCGCAAGGGAAAUCAAAGAUAUAAGGGAAGAAGUAAGCGAGCCGGUGAGGAACGUCAUCGUAAACCGUACUCGCCGUGCGAGGAAGUAUGCACAAAUCCUUGAGGGAAGAAGAGUCAUCGACUUGUGCUCGCUAGAAAUCACCAAGAGGAAGAGUUUGCGUCUCGUUGAGGCGGUGAAAGCCGAAAUGGUUAAGAAUGAGGAGGUGGAUGACAGUGGCAUGCGGUACUAG